CGCACGCGCACGCGCGCGGGGCGGGUCUCCUUCCCGGCACCCACUGAGCGCCCGGCCCCCUCAGCCAACUCCACCCCCUGGCGCCCAAGAUCCGCCUCCGCGACGGGGCCGCCGGGAGGAGGCAACCGGAAGCCACUUUAAAGCAGAGCUCGAGGUGACAGGCGAGCUUGCUGUACUAGGAGUGCGGUCGCGGCUUCCUGAGCUUGCAGGUUCCUGCGCUCGCGGCAGCGGAAUGGCCCGUGCGCUGCUCGCGGCGUCGCCGGGCUGCGACCCCUAGACGCCGGCGCCCGCCCUCCUCGCCGACCUGCGGUGCGGACGCUGCCAAGCGAGCCGACAGCGCCGCGACGCGACUCCUGUCGUCCGUUCUUUCAGGCUGCCUCUUCAGGACUUUUAGACUGAGGAGCAGUUGGAGCUAAUACCCAUCAUGGAAAUGGAAACCACUGAAUCUGAGCCAGACUGUGUAGUGCAGCCACCCUCUCCUACUGAUGAUUUUUCAUGCCAAAUGAGACUCUCUGAGAAGAUCACUCCAUUGAAGACUUGUUUUAAGAAAAAGCCAGAUCAGAAGAGAUUGGGAACCGGAACUCUGAGGUCUUUGAGGCCAAUAUUAAACACUUUGCUAGAAUCUGGUUCUCUUGAUGAAGUUUUUAGACCUAGAAACCAGAGUGCAGAUGAGAGCAGCUUACACGAAUCUAUGGUGAAAAAGCCCUUGGCAAUCAAUACACCGUGUCCACCACCAGAAAACAGUGUGUCUGUCCUGAUUCCUGAUGGGACAAAUGUUGGAGGCCAAAUACCAGAAGCCCAUCCUCCCACUGAUGGUCCCGAACAAGUUCCAAUCCAGGAUCAUAGUUUUCCACCAGAAACAAUCAGUGGGACAGUGGCAGAUUCUGCAGCUGGGCACUUCCAGACUGACCUUCUGCACCCGGUUUCAGGUGAUGUUCCUACCAGUCCUGACUGCAUAGACAAAGUCAUGGAUUACGUUCCAGGUGUUUUCCAAGACAACAGUUUUACAAUCCAGUACAUUUUGGACACCAGUGAUAAAUUGAGUACUGAGCUCUUCCAGGACAAAAGUGAAGAGGCUUCCCUUGACCUUGUGUUUGAGCUGGUGAACCAGUUACAAUACCAUACUCACCAAGAAAAUGGAAUUGAAAUUUGCAUGGACUUUUUGCAGGGCACUUGUAUUUAUGGCAGGGAUUGUGUGAAACACCAUACGAUAUUGCCAUAUCACUGGCAGAUCAAGAGGACAACUACUCAAAAGUGGCAGAGUGUAUCCAAUGACUCCCAGGAGCACUUGGAAAGAUUUUACUGUAAUCCGGAAAAUGAUAGAAUGAGAAUGAAGUAUGGAGGACAGGAAUUUUGGGCAGAUUUGAAUGCCAUGAAUGUGUAUGAAACAACUGAAUUUGACCAACUACGAAGGCUGUCCACACCACCUUCUAACAAUGUCAACUCCAUUUACCAUACAGUCUGGAAAUACUUCUGUAGGGACCACUUUGGAUGGCGAGAAUAUCCUGAGUCUGUUAUACGAUUGAUUGAAGAAGCCAACUCUCGGGGUCUGAAAGAGGUUCGAUUUAUGAUGUGGAACAACCACUACAUCCUCCACAACUCAUUCUUCAGGAGAGAAAUAAAAAGGAGACCCCUCUUCCGCUCCUGUUUUAUACUGCUUCCAUAUUUACAGACACUGGGUGGUGUUCCUACACAGGCUCCUCCACCUCUUGAAGCAACCUCUUCGUCACAAAUCAUCUGCCCGGAUGGGGUCACCUCGGCAAACUUUUACCCUGAAACUUGGGUUUAUAUGCAUCCCUCUCAGGACUUCAUCCAAGUGCCUGUUUCUGCAGAAGACAAAAGCUAUCGAAUCAUUUACAAUCUCUUUCAUAAGACUGUACCUGAGUUCAAAUAUAGAAUUUUGCAAAUACUGAGAGUCCAAAAUCAGUUCCUUUGGGAAAAAUACAAAAGGAAAAAGGAAUAUAUGAACAGGAAAAUGUUUGGCCGUGACAGAAUAAUAAACGAGAGACAUUUAUUUCACGGAACAUCCCAGGAUGUGGUAGAUGGAAUCUGCAAGCACAAUUUUGACCCUCGAGUCUGCGGAAAGCAUGCUACCAUGUUUGGACAAGGCAGUUAUUUUGCAAAGAAGGCAAGCUACUCUCAUAACUUUUCUAAGAAGUCCUCCAAAGGAGUCCAUUUCAUGUUUUUAGCCAAAGUACUGACUGGCAGAUACACGAUGGGUAGUCACGGCAUGAGAAGGCCCCCUCCAGUCAAUCCUGGCAGUGUAACCAGUGACCUGUAUGACUCUUGUGUGGAUAAUUUCUUUGAGCCUCAGAUUUUUGUCAUUUUUAAUGAUGACCAGAGUUACCCUUAUUUUGUUAUCCAAUAUGAAGAAGUCAGUAACACUGUUGCCAUUUGAAAAAUCUUGGUACUGCUAAAUUAUUUGAUAUUAACUCAAUCCAGCAUUUGUAGCAGAUUUUGGAUGGGUGGGACUGGGUGGGGAACAGCAUUGAACAUUGAUAGGGCACUUUUCAGACCCAUUUUUUUAAGUGCUAGAAAGUGAGUUUGUUAACAGUUUUUGUUUUUAAGAAACACAAGUUUUAAAAUGACCACUUAUCCUUUAAUUACUUGCUAAUUGUUAUUAGUGUACUCAGUGUGGAGAAGACUACCGAUCGCAUACUCUUUUCAUUCACACUUGUACAUAUAGUCAGUAAUGUUAUUAGAAGCAUUUAAAAAGACAGAAAGACACUGAACAUCAGCCUAACCAAUUAAAUGCAGCUUGGGCCUGGUAUAAGUUAGGCCAAAUGAAAUGGAGCCUGUGAGCAAAGUGGGGAUUGUAUUUAUUUACAGUGAUAAAAUGGACUGGAACUGGCAUUACCAUGACUAUUCCCUGGCCAAGGCGUCACUGCUAUGGUGUAGGAUAAGUUCAUGAAAUUCUGAUGAGUAGAAAGAAAAUUUUAUUUCUGUCAGCAGGACUGAAAUAUAUUACCCAGCCAGAGAGCAUCAGUGACUUGAACUGUUCACAGAGUUUACAUGGGAAUCCAGAGUGAUGUUUAGGGGAAAUAAAAAGAACCAUUUGAAAUUUUUUUCUCACCAGCAAAAUUUUUCACUUACUAGUUACAUGAGAGAGAAUUCUUUGUUGUUAAACAUUAGCCAUGGAAAACAUUCUCUUCCAUUGUCAUCCCCACCAGGUUAAGGGAGUUAGGCAGCUAAUUUGGUUAAAGCCAGUUUUGAGGGUUAGAAGUAUUACUUUCUUUUGGGGUUCCAGGUCUAGCCCCUUAUUAAAGGUUUUAGAGGGAAGAAGUACAUCUGCAACCAAAUUGAUAAGGUUUAUUACUUUGCUUUGUACAAAGUAGACUCUCAGAAGUAUUCGUUGACUUGGAAUUCUUGUUAAGGGUGGUAAUCCCACCCUAGGCCUGCUUUGCCAGAUGCAGCUGGGUUCCCUGGCUGACUCUGCAUCUUACACUACUUACUUCAUAGAAACACAAACUUGGAAAUUGUGCCACUAGCCCAGCUAGAGCACGUUAGGUGAAUAUGCUGAUGCCUCAGUUCAGAGAAGUAGCAGCUAGGUAUACUUCGCCUUAAGCAAAGCAAAUACUUGGAUUUAUAAAAGUGGUUUUCGAAAGAAUUUACCACGGAAUUCCUUCAGAUACCAAGCUCUCCUAGUAUGUUUGCAGUUAUUUCAUUUACACAUAACUUUUCAGGAACUUCUAUGUUGUUUGAAGCAAGAUAUAUCUAUACUGGUGUCUUAGUGAAUCAGUCUGUUUAAGCACUUAUCAGGGCUUCCACACAGUUAUUUAUUUUGCCCUAGUUGAUCCUGUUGUUUGCUGCCAUUGGCAUGAAACGGCCAACUGUGGCUCUUACUUUAAGUCAGUUGUUCUUUCAUUUGAUUAUAACUUGUAAACCAGUGAUUCCCAAUCUUUUUCAAGUUAAGACACCUUACCACUGCAUAUUUGAUUUUAUGAAACUUGUUCCUUUUUUUUCUCCCUAAAGAAAGAAAAGCUUUAUGACAUAUUUAUUUUUUUAAUAAAAUUAAGCGAAAAAUAAAAGUUCUCGUAAUUCUUUAAAA